AAAAAACUAACAAAGACAUUGAAAAAGGCACUGUGAUUGGUUUGUCAUUCCCAUAUAUUUAAGUCCUUGAUGCAUUCAUCAACUCCAACUCUGCAGCAAAAACCAGUUUCCGAGAUCCUCAAAUAGAUCAUUGGGUUUUUUUUUUUUUGGGUUCUUUGGGGUAGCUUUUGCAGCUUUUUUGAUGGGGUUUUGUGGGAAACCCAAAAAGAAAGAUAAAGGCAUAAUGAAAGAGGAUGACGAGAAGAUGAAGAUCAAAGGAACAGUUGUUUUAAUGAAGAAAAAUGUAAUGGACAUGAAUGAUCUCACUGCUUCGUGUCUUGAUCGAGUUUAUGAGCUUUUUGACAGAGGUGUUUCUUUGCAGCUUAUCAGUGCUGUUUAUACCGAUCCUGCCAAUGAGAUGCGAGGGAAGCUUGGGAAACCAGCAAAUUUAGAGAAAUGGAUCACAAAGUUUACUCCAUUAACAGCAGGGGAAAUCACGUUUUCUGUCACAUUUGAAUGGGAUGAAUCCAUAGGUGUCCCUGGAGCUUUCAUAAUAAAGAACCGACACCAUAGCCAGUUCUACCUCAAGACAGUCACCUUAGAAGAUGUUCCUGGUCAUGGCAGGGUUCAUUUCGUUUGCAAUUCCUGGGUAUAUCCGACACAUCGAUACAAGUAUGAUCGAGUCUUCUUCUCUAACAAGACCUACCUUCCAUGCCAAAUGCCUGUACCCUUGCGUAAGUAUAGGGAAGAAGAGCUCGUGAAUCUCAGAGGAGAUGGAAAAGGAUGUCUCAAAGAAUGGGACAGAGUUUAUGACUAUGAUUUCUACAAUGACUUGGCAAUGCCGGACAGGGGUCAUGAUUUUCAUCGUCCAGUUCUUGGAGGAUCCUUGGAUUGUCCUUAUCCCAGAAGAGGGAGAACCGGUCGGAAACCACACAAAAAAGAUUCGAGGACGGAGAGCAGACUGUUUCUUCUAAGCUUAAAGAUUUACGUACCACGCGACGAACAGUUUAGCCUCGUGAAGUUCUCAGAUUUCGUUGCCUACGCUUUGAAAUCUUUGUUUCAGGUACUUAUCCCAGAGGUUGCAGCAUUAUGUGACAAAACCAUAAAUGAAUUUGAUUCCUUUCAAGAUGUACUUGAUCUUUAUGAAGGUGGUAUCAGACUACCAAAUGAUGCCACUCUUAAGAAGAUAAGAGAUUGUGUCCCUUGGGAGAUGAUCAGGGAACUUGUUCGUAACGACGGCGAGAGAUUGAUGAAGUUCCCGAUGCCUGCUGUUAUCAAAGAGGAUAAGUCUGCUUGGAGGACAGACGAAGAGUUUGCACGAGAAACACUCGCAGGCGUCAACCCAGUAAUCAUCAGUAGGCUGCAAGAAUUCCCCCCUGCAAGCAAGCUUGAUCCUGAAGUAUAUGGAAACCAGAAAAGUACCAUUACAAAGGAGCAUAUUGAGAGAAACAUGGAUGGAUUCACUGUGGAAGAUGCUCUAAAACACAACAAAUUGUUUAUAUUGAACCAUCAUGAUGCCUUGAUGCCUUACUUGGCAAGGAUAAAUUCCACUACCACAAAGACUUAUGCCACAAGAACUCUGUUCUUCCUACAAGAGGAUGACACGCUGAAGCCGUUAAUCGAGUUGAGCUUGCCGCAUCCGCAAGGCGACAGCCACGGAGCUGUAAGCAAAGUUUUCACCCCGGAGGAUGGUGUUGGAAGUUCGAUCUGGCAGUUGGCUAAAGCUUAUGCUGCUGUGAAUGAUUCUGGCUACCAUCAGCUCGUUUCUCAUUGGUUAAACACCCAUGCUGUAAUCGAGCCAUUUAUAAUCGCUACUAAUAGACAGCUGAGUGUGGUUCACCCUAUAUAUAAGCUUCUUCAUCCCCAUUUCCGUGAUACAAUGAACAUAAAUGCUUUGGCUCGACAGACACUCAUCAAUGCCGGUGGUGUACUUGAAUUAACAGUCUUUCCAGGAAAAUAUGCACUUGAAAUGUCAUCUGCUAUUUACAGGAACUGGGUUUUCACUGAACAGGCUCUCCCUGUUGAUCUAAUUAAGAGGGGAAUGGCAGUGCCGGAUUCGAGCUGUCCCUAUGGACUCAAAUUGAUGAUAAACGAUUACCCAUACGCCAUUGAUGGGUUAGAAAUCUGGGCCGCCAUUGAAACCUGGGUAACCGAGUACUGUUCUUUCUACUACCCAUCAGAUGAAACAGUUAAAAACGACACUGAAAUCCAAUCAUGGUGGUCGGAGGUCAAAAACGAAGGCCACGGCGAUUUAAGAAAAGAACCAUGGUGGCCGGAGAUGAACACAUUAGCUGAUCUCACCCAAGCAUGUACCAUCAUCAUAUGGAUAGCUUCCGCUUUCCACGCAGCUGUCAAUUUCGGACAAUACCCAUACGCCGGAUACCUCCCAAACAGACCAACAGUCAGCCGUCGGUUCAUGCCGGAACCAGGCACCAAAGAAUACGACGAGCUCGAAAACGACCCAGAUUUGGCUUUCUUGAAAACAAUCACCGCACAGUUCCAAACUUUACUGGGUGUAUCACUUAUAGAAGUCUUAUCAAGGCAUUCAACCGAUGAAAUAUACUUGGGGCAAAGAGAUACGGCGGAAUGGACCACCGACGAUGAACCCUUAGCGGCAUUUGAAAGAUUCGGGAAGAAACUGGUGGAAAUUGAGAGUAGGAUUAUGGAAAGAAACAAUGAUAGUAAAUUGAAGAACAGAGUUGGACCGGUGAAGGUGCCGUAUACAUUAUUGUAUCCUAGUACAUCGGAUUAUAGCAGAGAAGGUGGGCUUACAGGAGGGAAUCCCAAUAGUAUCUCGAUAUAAAGCUCUUUGCCAUUGGCAGGCUUUCCAUGGCAGGAAAGUAUCGAUUUAUGGGAAUAUAAUAGGUUUUCCUUUUUUUCUUUUUGGUGUGUAAACUUCAACCAAAAGGUAAGUUAGAGAUGUCAAAGAAUAAAUUAGAUUCAUUGCUUGUGCAGAAUUAGAUAAAUAAAUAAAGGCAGUUUCUGAAUAUGAUCGGAGAAUAUAGGGAAGAGUGGUCCAAGUGGAGAGGAUGACUUAGGGAUGCCAACUUUAUUUGGAUUUAAUCCGAUAAUUCUAGCAUUA